CGACCCAAACACCAAAAGAAAAGUGACGACCAGCAACAACCAUCCCCGACGACCAGACGAUACACCAGCCGACCUUCAACCGACGAUAAUUCAACGUGAGUCGCCUAUCGGAAUACCAGGUCAUUGGCCGCAAACUCCCCUCAGAUGCGGACCCCACUCCCAAGCUCUACCGCAUGCGCCUCUUCGCUCCUAACACCGUCGUUGCUAAAUCCCGCUUCUGGUAUUUCCUCAAGAAGCUCAGGAAGGUGAAAAAGAGUGCUGGUGAGAUUGUGUCUCUGAAUGUGAUCCAUGAGAAGCGUCCUCAGAAAGUCAAGAACUUUGGAAUCUGGAUCCGUUACGACUCCCGCAGCGGAACUCACAAUAUGUACAAGGAGUACCGUGAGCUUUCCCGCACCGAUGCCGUCCAGUCCCUCUACCAGGAUAUGGCUGCCAGGCACCGCGCUCGUUUCCGGUCGAUCCAUAUCCUCAAGGUUGUCGAGAUUGAGAAGGCCUCAGAUGUCAAGCGCCCAUACCUUAGACAGCUCAUCACCAAGGGUCUGAAAUUCCCUCUCCCUCAUCGUGUGCCCAAGUCCGUCAGCGCCAAGGUCUUCUCGGCCAAGAGGCCAAGCACUUUCCACUAGUGCGGAGUCAUUGUUAUAGGGGUGUAUCGUGUUUUCUCUUGCUUUCUUCGGGUUCUCGGGGUGGUUGGGGUUCUGUGAACAUAAAAAACAUUCAACAGCUCAUCGGGAAUGGUUUUUCAAAACAAUAAAAAGUUUGAAAAAAAUAAAAAAAA